AAUCCCCAGACUAGAGAUAGUGAUUCCCUUAUUCUUAGUGCUGACACCAAACACGACCCAGACCCCCCUGAAGGUACCUUCUAAAUAGACAGACAUUAAUAGAUAAUGACUGGGAACAGAGCACGUAAAUACCUUUUAAAAAAUUAACAAACCUGGAUUUCCUUGGACAUAUGAGCAAUAAGAAAUCACCUAGCAUCUUUUUUAGAAAAUGCAUCUAAAAAUUUCUAAUUCAUAGUCUGCUUCUGGCUUUACACUCCAUGAUAAGGGCCACUAUUUAUUUGUGAUGAUGAGGGGUCUCUACUCUGGCCAAAGCUGUCAGCAGCUGACAGCACUUCACCUUUAGCAGUUUCAGACACUCUGUUCAAUACCUUUAACCCAAAUUCUGCACUUCCAGAAGAACAAGACCCUUGCCAACAAAUUGAGAACUGAGCAGUCUCAGGGAAGGGGGACUAAAGGAGCUGUAAUUUCCUACUAUUUCCAGUGCAGGUCUGUGUCACCCUGUUUACAUCAUGCAUCAUUCAUUUGCUGUGAUGAAAUGUAACCCUGCGUUUUAAAAAAAGACCUCCGUAACAGUGAGGAUACUAUAUCUUGGUGAGAAGUGUUUCACAUAUUUUCCAUGGGCACAACCUCCUCCUGCUUCUAUUUAAAUCUCUGUAGCUCUCUUCGGGGGACAUUAUUCAGUCAGCAAGUUCAUUCAGAAGGUGCUUAGCAUAAGAGGAGGAAAAGCCAGCAUGGCAGCAGACAGCAACAUGGCUCCUGAAGAAAAGCCAAGCACUACUCCUGCGAAAAGGGCUGUCCACAAGAUCCGAAUGGCCAGCCUAGUCUUCAGCUUGGCACGAGGCUGGCAGCAGUGGGUAUCUGACCACAACAUAAAGCAAGCCCAAGAGCCCUCAGGAUGGGUCCCCUCUACAGAAGAUUCAUCAGCUAAGCCUGUACAAGAAAGAUCCUUUGAAAAAUGGCCAAUUCCAUCUGUCAAGAGGGACCAAGGAAAAGAUGACAAAAAAUCCUCAGCAAAGGAAUCAGUGACAAUCAGAGAUGCUGAAAAAAAUUCAAGGGAAUCAGAUGAAGCCCUCAAAAAAUUCAACAUUAAAAGCAAAGAGGUGACCAAAACAGUUGUAAGCAAAGCCUAUGAACGAGGAGGUGAUGUUAGCCUCCUCAGUGAAAAAUAUGAGAACAACAAUAGUAGCUCAGAGAUGACCAAGCUCAAAGAAGAAUCAAGUGCUAUUGACAAAAUUCUGAGUGGCAAAUUAUCUCCAACCAUAAGGAGAAAGUGUUCAAAUGUGGUAUCUGAGCUGACCAAGGGCUGGAAACAGAUGGAAGAAGAGGACAAAGAGGGGGCUAAGGAAGAACUGCUGCUUAAGUGUCAUGAUGACAGCCUGGAUGCAGAGGACAGUGGCUAUGGGGAAGCAGAGGACAAACUCGAGCAAGAAGACAGUGACCGAGAGGUGACGGCUGUGAGGAUUAAACGACCUAUGCCAUCCUUUGCAAGCAGGUUUAGUGAAGAAGCAAGCACCAAAGCCCACAGGAAAUACAGCCCCGUGAACAGCCUGAAGGACAGAUGGCAAGAAUGGGCCGACCAGCACAUCAUAACACAGAAGCUGAAUCCCUUCAGUGAGGAAUUUGACCACGAGCUGGCCAUGUCCACACGCCUGCACAAAGGAGAUGAAGGCUACGGUCGCCCAAAGGAAGGAACCAAAACUGCUGAAAGAGCCAAGAGAGCAGAGGCCCAUAUCCAUCGGGAGAUUAGGGACAUGUGCUUCAUCAUUGAAUCGAUGGCUAAGCCACGGCCUGACGGCAAGAUCCAAGUCACUUUUGGAGAACUCUUUGAGAGAUACGUUCGUAUUUCAGAUAAGGUUGUUGGGAUUCUCAUGAGAGCCAGGAAACAUGGGCUGGUGGACUUCGAGGGAGAAAUGUUAUGGCAAGGAAGGGAUGAUAAUGUCAUAAUUACUUUAUUAAAAUAAGCAUGCUACAAGAGCAACUUGUUUUGGAAAACUUUUCUCCACUUCUCCCUUGCUAUUAGCAUUUGCACAUUUUGAAUGCAAGACUCCCUCGUUCACCCGCACAGAAAAAACAUUGAGCAUUUUUCUGAAUAUGCGUAACUACUGCACGAUAACGCAAGUAUCCGAACGGACUUUUUCUCUGUACCAGGAGGGCUUGCAGGAUACUUCAAUUAAUUAUUACUUGAAAAAUAAGAGAAAAAUCUAUAUUGACUAUAAAGCAGCUGAAUAUAAAACUCAUAGAAAUAUAAACAGCUACAAAUAAAUUCCAAUUUUUACUUGUUCUUACAUUCAAAACCUUCCUAACUAUUUAAACUGGGAUAUCAGGAAUAUAAACCAUGCCACAUCAGAAGCUGAAUGACAGUAUAAACUCAGACCAAGUUUUUGAUCUGUGAAAGUGAUCCUGUGCAUGUAUUUCCUAAUUAAUCUAUUUAAAUGCAUGUAAAAAUAGUUUUAUUUGAACACAGAAUCAAGGAUACCACAUUUGUUUCCUUUACAAACGUGGAUAUGCACAUACUACUGCACUAUUAUCUUGUGGCAACCAUUGACGCAACUUUAUCUUACAUAUCACAUACAAAAUAAGACAAAAUCCUUUUAUAAAUGAAGUUUUAUAUUUAAUGUAUUUCUAUAACUAAUUUAUUAGUUUCAUAUUUAGAGUUAUGGAUGUUGGAGAGAAAACACCCAAUAGAAUGUAAUGCACAAAAAAGUUUUGAAUAAAUAGCCACAUAGAAAAUACCUCUUAUCCAACAUUGUGCAAUGUAUUAUCUGAUUAUUUAUGUAAAUAUAGUUCUUAUAAAUACAGGGGAAAAUAUCAUGUAACAUUAAAAACUGUCAGGUAACUUCUACCGUUGUAUAUAUAGUAAAAGAGUGACUACAAUCAGCAUCUUCCAUUGAAAUGUACCUCUGUGAGAAAAGAUACCGAAACAGUGUUCAUAACCAAAAAUCAACUAACUUUAAGGAAAAUGGUGUUUCACAUUAUACAGAAACACUGUCGUAAUGUUUCAGCAUUCGCUCUUUGAACCAUUCUGAUGUCACUGAAAUAAUAUAUGUCAGUUCAGGUGAUGCUGAAGAGGAGUAAGUGCUAAUGAACUCAUACUUCUAGGUCUUAAAAUUGUUUAUAUUAUGUACAAAUGUGAGACCUCUUUAAGGUCUAUAAUGCUUACUGGAUCAUAUAGAUCACUUUCUCUAAACUACUACUGUAAAAAUAGUUAUCCUGGUAAAAAUGUGUUUCACAUGAAAAACAUUUGUUUUGAGCAAGAAGCCUGGGCAAGUAAUUUGCAUAAUGAAAAAUAAAUGUUUGUUUUCCCCCCUAAGAUUCUUUCAAACUGAAAGACCAAAUGUCUUCUUACAGAAGAAAAUGUAUAUUAACAUCUUGCCUCCAUGAUAAAACAAGUAUUGCUAACUUAUUACGAGAGUACAGGUACUCCAUUUUGAAGCUCCAAUGAACACAUAAAUCAAAUAUUUUAUAAGUUAGCAAUACAAUAACUGAUUACUAUGUCUAUUGUAAGUUUAUGUAAAUCAUUAAUAGUUUAGGUACAGUUAUAUGUUGUGAAUCUAAGGGAAAAAAAGAAUUAUAAGAUAGAUUCAGUGGAAUUUAUUUAACAAUGUUUUCUUGAGAUCUCUCAGACUACUCAAGCUGACCUGUGAAACUGACCUCUAAGCGUAAUACUUACAUAUCAGAAUAUUUACUUGCAUAUUCUUACCUUAUUCUUUACAUCUUUAUAUAAUGACCUUUACAGCUGUCUAAAUUGUCUUGAGGAAAUUUGGUUGUGUGUUAUAAAUAAAACCCUUAAUUUAUUAUUUUUUGGGUUAUUCCUCCCACACACUACAGAAGAAAUACAUGUGCUUUUUCUGUGAAGUAAAACAUCGAAUCAUAGAAUGGUUUUGGUUGGAAGG